UAGUCAAAUAGGAUUCCUUUGGGAAAGGACACAAAUCACUCCCAUUUGAACAAGGGGAGCAACACGGGAUCAGCACCCACAAGGGUCCUCUUCUUCUUGAUUUCCAAUUUCUAUCUUGUUUCUCUCUGAGAGGGAAACAGGGGGAAGUAUACGAAGGAAAAAGGGCAUACACAAAAGAGAAAGAAAGAAGAGAAAGAAAACUUGUCAGGGGAUGAUGACAUUUGAUCUAACGCUGUCUGAAAGCUCUAUUUGAUCCUCCUCUUUCUUAAACUGACACUGGAGCUCUCUUUGUAAAUCUUCUGAAUCCAGAGGGGACAUCGGCAUAAACCCUCAAGUGAGCUUUUCCUCGUGUGUGCGCUUCGUUUGAAUUUUCGUCGGUCUAUCGGUCUUAUUGACACCUGGAUAUCCUCUGUUUGCUUGUCUGACAUUUUUAUAAUAACGACAAUACGGUAUCUCGUGUCAACGAGAACGUCGCUUUAUCUAUUGUGGUUUGCGCUCUGUAUUCUCUCCUUUUUAUCGCUGGACAGCAAACACGGGGUUUGAACACGUCUGUUAACCCGCACCGACAGGGAGUGCGAAAGAUCCAGUUUUCAUGUUUGGAAUUCAAGAGAGCAUUCAAAGGAGUGGGAAUAGCUUGAAAGAAGAGCCUCUCGGAUCCGGGAUGAACGCUGUUCGGACAUGGAUGCAAGGUGCCGGGGUGUUGGAUGCGAACACGGCCGCUCAGAGUGGAGUGGGUCUUGCCCGAGCACACUUUGAGAAACAACCGCCCUCAAACCUUCGGAAAUCCAACUUCUUCCACUUCGUUUUGGCUCUGUACGACAGGCAAGGACAGCCUGUGGAAAUCGAAAGGACAUCUUUUGUUGGAUUUGUUGAAAAAGACAAGGAAUGCUCCGGAGAAAAGACAAACAACGGGAUUCAUUACAGACUCCAACUUCUUUACAGCAAUGGCAUCAGAACAGAACAGGAUUUUUAUGUGCGGCUUAUUGACUCCAUGACCAAGCAGGCAAUCAUCUAUGAAGGUCAGGACAAGAACCCCGAGAUGUGUCGAGUGCUGCUCACACACGAGAUCAUGUGCAGCCGCUGCUGUGACAAAAAGAGCUGUGGGAACCGCAACGAGACCCCCUCCGACCCGGUCAUCAUCGACAGAUUCUUUCUGAAAUUCUUCCUGAAGUGUAACCAGAAUUGUCUGAAGAAUGCUGGCAACCCACGGGACAUGCGCCGUUUCCAAGUCGUGGUUUCCACGACGGUCAGUGUGGACGGCCAUGUGCUGGCCGUGUCCGACAACAUGUUCGUGCACAACAACUCCAAGCACGGCCGCAGGGCUCGCCGCCUGGACCCGUCGGAAGGCACGCAGUCCUACCUGGAGCAUGGUGAGUACUACUCUGCACCCUGCAUCAAAGCCAUCAGCCCUAGCGAAGGCUGGACCACGGGCGGCGCCACGGUCAUCAUCAUCGGGGACAACUUCUUCGAUGGCCUGCAGGUCAUCUUUGGUACCAUGCUGGUGUGGAGCGAGCUCAUCACGCCUCAUGCUAUCCGGGUGCAGACCCCACCACGCCACAUCCCUGGGGUUGUGGAGGUCACCCUCUCCUACAAGUCCAAGCAGUUCUGCAAAGGAACCCCAGGCCGUUUCAUCUACACAGCCCUGAAUGAGCCCACCAUUGACUACGGUUUCCAGAGACUCCAGAAGGUCAUCCCCAGACACCCCGGAGACCCAGAGCGCCUCCCUAAGGAGGUCAUUCUCAAGCGGGCAGCGGAUCUGGUUGAAGCGCUGUAUGGAAUGCCCCAUAACAACCAGGUGAGUGAGCGUUUCCUGCCGUCGCUGGGAAGAGAAGAAAACAUCAGUCCGACUCACCAGGAGAUCAUCCUGAAGCGGGCUGCUGAUAUUGCCGAGGCGUUGUAUAACGUGCCCCGGAACCACAACCAGCUGCCGGGCCUCACCAACAGCUCGGUGCACGCGGGCAUGAUGGGCGUCAACUCCUUCCCCGGCCAGCUCGCCGUCAAUGUGUCCGACUCGACACAAGGUGGAAACCAGGGCUUUAGUCGGAACACCAGCAGCGUCUCGCCGCAUGGCUAUGUGCCCAGCUCCACGCCGCAGCAGACCAGCUACAGCUCCGUCUCCACCAGCAUGAACGGCUACGGCAACAGCGGCAUGUCCAACCUGGGCAGCUCGCCCAGUUUCCUCAACGGCUCCGCCGCCAACUCCCCCUAUGCCAUCGUCCCGUCCAGCCCCACCAUGGCCUCGUCCACUAGCUUGGCCUCCAACUGCAGCAGCUCGUCCGGCAUCUUCUCCUUCUCCCCCGCCAACAUGGUGUCGGCCGUCAAGCAGAAGAGCGCCUUCGCCCCCGUGGUGCGGCCCCAGACCUCGCCUCCGCCCACCUGCACCAGCACCAAUGGCAACGGUCUCCAAGAUCAGUCUUUUGUGGACUCUAGCAAGUACACCCCGUCCAGCGCUCUGCAGGGCCUGGCCUUCUCCUGAAUGAUUCCUGGAAUGAUCGUCCCUCCCAUGUAGUGGGUGUGUGUUUGAGCGUGUGAGAGGAAGUGGAUAUGUCGUCAUGGCGUUGACUCCCCCCUCCCCAACCC